CACAAAGUACACAAGCCCUGAAAAUGCUUUAAAACCAGAAGAAUUUCGGCCACUUUGAGGGCAUGACGAAACAAUGACAAAAACGUGGUACUAUGGAUUCUUCUACACUCACGAAUGGAUGGAUGAUGUGCAUGUAACUGUUGCCUUCAAAUACCUGGUCAUGAAAGCACAAGAAUAUGGCUUGACCCAGCCAUUUGCAGUAAUAGACAGCCUAUUUGUCAGUCUAUUGAAGAAAGAAUAUGACAACUACUUGGGAAAAAGGAAAACCUUUGAUGAAGCAGCCUUGAAUAGUUUAGUACUGAAACCAAUCCUAGGGGCUGUGCCAGAAUUGGAAGGACGCUGGGCACAAUGCGAUUACGUUUACAUGCCAAUAAACACUGGAAACCAUUGGAUACUGGCUGUGCUUGACAUAUCAGAGAAAUGCAUCAGGCUGUAUGAUUCUAACCACAAGGGGAAGACCAUUUGCCACACAAAACCAUACCUUCCAUGUCUACAGACCUUACUGCCAAAGGUGAUGGACAAAGUGGAAGUGUACAAGGAGCGAAAAAUGCCUGAGAUGGGAGAUGAUGUGCUAGGCAUUGUGAACGUAAAUGAUUGCCCACAACAACAGGACGCGGUGAGCUGUGGCGUAUUUAUUGUAAGGAUGGCUGAGCAUCUCAUGAUGGGGAUGGGAGUGGAUGAAGUGGAUAUUGCAGGCAUUGAGAGUUUCAGGAAAAAAAUUGCAACAGAAGUGUUGUUAUAUGCAAACAGGAGUGCACAGGGGGCUGAGCAUUAGCAUGGAAAAUGUGACCAUGUUUAAAAAACUUUUAUGUUUACUUUUAGUAUGUUGUUGUAGUAAUUGCACUAUGGGUUAAGACCUUCUGGCGUCUUUUGUCUGCGCCGCGCAGACGCGCGCAGACGAUGGACUCUGCAGAUUGUUUGUUUUUUGGAAGACAUUUCACUCAAAAAGGUCUUCCUGGCAUCUUCUUGGAGAAGACAUUAACCAAUGUCUUCUAAAAUCUUCUAACAUCUUCUCCUUUUUUUCUACUUCUCUUCACCACCACAACCGUCCACCGCCACCGUCCGCCACUACCACCGUCCACCAUCACCGUCACCGUCUAUCACCAUCGU